CACACUCACAUAUUCUCCAGCGAUAAACCUUCAUCAAUCUAACCGCAAUGAAAACACUGGUUGCUGUAGUUUUAUUCGCCCUCGUGGCUACUGUCAUGGCUGGUUAUUUAGCUGGCCCGGCAGCCCACGGUUACUACGGGGGUUAUGGCUCCUAUGGUUACCCCGUUGGUCGUCAUUUCAAUUACGGAAGCAGAAUUAACCACGGUUAUGGACAUGGACUUGGCUAUGGCGGUUAUGGUCUUGGACUAGGCUAUGGUGGUUAUGGACAUGGACUAGGCUAUGGUGGUUAUGGUCUUGGACUAGGCUAUGGUGGUUACGGUUAUGGACUCGGCUAUGCUGGUUAUGGCAAAGCUUUGCUCCAUUGAAUCAU